CUCCUCGCAUUGUCUAUCACUCAGCAGAGGCACACGGUGAGCUGAAGAAGUCCUGACCUGACACCAGCACCAGCAGAAUAACCAGCAGCAGCAGUCUUUCCUUCUCGAUUGGAGCAGAGCACCAUGGCAGGCAGCACUGUCCUUCACUUGAGCUUCCUUCUGACGCUCGCAGGAAUUCUCCUCCUUGCAUGCAGCUCAGCACAAAGAGUCAGAGUAAGAAGACAGAAUAUGAAGGUUCGAAUCAACGCCACUGGGGAUACGAUAGUUCUGAAGUUCGUUCGACCCAACCCUGAUGUCAAACUUGAAGGCUACAUCUUAGGCUAUGGUUCCAGCAUGUUCUCCAAGCAGUUCAUUCAACUUCCAGAAAACGGGGAACCCUAUGAGACCGAGAUUGAUGCUGAGCCCAAGUACCUGGUAGCUGUUCAGCCCAUCCCAACCAAUGAUGUGAAGAAGCACUGCACAGGUAGCAUGCAAAAUAAAAAUAAAGCUCAGCAUUUUAUGUUGGUUUCUUCCUUUGCCAUCUCAUUUCUAGCUGUGGUAUACCACAACAUAAGCCAGCCAGGACUUCCCAAAAACACAGGCGUUAAUGGAGGUCCCAAGACAUCUUUUGCGCCACCAAUGGGCCAGCAAGGAACUGUGGCUGCUCCAAGAGCCAAUGAGCCAAAAUGGCCUCAGCUUCCAUUGGAUUCAGACAGCCAUGUUAGAAAUGACUCCUCUCAGCUGGUGGAGAUCCUUCCCAUCCUUCCCCAACUCCUAUCCGCUAAACCCUCCCAUCCUUCAAUCACCCCUGCCCCCUAUUCCUUACCCAGCACUACCCGGACACCCCCACAUGGACACUCUCAAACCAGUGCACCUAGUGCCACUCAGAUGCCACAUAGUUCCUCUGGUAAGAGUAUCCGGAGAGACUCCAUCUCUUCUCUUCCAUCCAAACCCCUCGAUUCAGUCUUAACAGUGACCACCAGGAACCAGACGUCACUGGGCAGAUACCCUUUCUCUCUCUCUAAUGGCAUGAGACCUUCUUCCCCCAGGCUUGUUGACUCCUCCAGAAGAUAUGGGGCUAACGGUGAGCACCAUAAGGGACUUUCUCUCCCCAAACCAGCCAUAUGGUCCAGAACAAGAAUGGGUUCUCCAGCUGCACGCCUUCCUAAUCCAGCAAAAAAGCCUAAUCUUGUUAGCAAACCUGGAGGAAUAGCAGACAAGACAACAGGCCUGAGUCAAGACAAAGCUUCCAUCUUGAAACACAUGCUGCCACCUGUUACAGCAAAACCAUCCAAACCAAAGACAACAUCUUCUCCUACAGUGACAGCACCCCGAUUUGAGACAUGGGAGAACUCUUCAGUAUUCAGCUCUGUUCCUGCUUCUAAAGUUGAUGCCCUGGGCAAAGAACGCUACAUUGCUCCACAUGUGGUCUACAAGACAGAUAAGAAGCCAGACGAACCGUGCUCCAUCACCACCUCUCUGAGUUACUUCCCUGAGGAGGAGGCUGGAGAGCAAAAUGUCACCAACCCUCCAAGAACACCCCCAUCCAACCUUACUGUUGUAACCGUGGAAGGAUGCCCCUCCUUCAUUAUUCUUGAUUGGGAGAAAACAGAUAAUGAGACGACAGAAUAUGAGGUUAUCUCAACUACUAAAGGUCCUGAUGGUGAACAGGUUUCCAUUCUGACCACCAACCAGACUCAUACAGCUGUGGAGAACCUCAAACCAGAGAGCAGUUAUGAAUUCAAGGUGAAGCCCAAGAAUGAACUCGGUGAAGGGCCCCCCAGCAAACCAGUGACCUUCAACACAGAGUCUGCAGAUCCACGGGUAAGCGAGAACGUCUCAGGUAAAGAUGCCAUUUGGACCCAGUUCCCCUUCAAAACUGACUCCUAUUCCGAAUGCAACGGGAAACAGUAUGUCAAGAGGACGUGGUACCGCAAAUUUGUUGGCAUCCAACUCUGCAACUCCCUCCGAUACAAGAUCUACCUGAGCGACUCCCUCAACGGUAAAUUCUACAAUAUUGGAGACCAGACGGGUCAUGGUGAAGACCACUGCCAGUUUGUGGACUCAUUCCUGGAUGGAAGAACGGGCACUCAGCUUCCUGCAGACCAGCUACCUUACAGGCCAGGCUUCUACAGAGCAAUGAGACAAGAGCCAGUCCACUUCGGCCAGAUAGGUGGAAAUUCCCAUAUCACCUACGUCGCAUGGUACGAAUGCGGUACGCCAAUCCCAGGGAAGUGGUAGGACCGGAGCAAGUGUCCGCAAGGAACCCUAAAGAGUAACUCUCAUUGGUUGGGGUUGGGGUUGGUGCCUGCUAAAGUCACUUGACAGGCUUUUUUACUGUUUCCCCCCCCCCCACCAAUGAUGGUGAGUUCAGUCACUCCUCAGCCUACGUCACCAAAGUUCAUACCAUGUAUAAUAGUGUACAGGAUCAAAGAGUCAGGGAAUACUUUUGAGUGCAUUUGUGACAUGUAAUAGCAAAACAGUGCCUCAUCUUGUUAUUUAUCAUACAGUAACUAGAACAAAGUAAUAAUAAUGAAAAAAAAAUAGUUCAUUAUGAGAAAAACACUUCAGAUGCAUUGAAGUGUUGAACAUAACAUAAAAAAGAAAGGUAAAAAUACUUGUUUAAAUAUUGGGAAGCUGGCUCCCUGAAACUAUUUUGAUAUUUUGUGUAAUAUUAUUUAUCAAAGUUUGUGGUUUCUUCACUGGCUUUCUUCCAGUGAGAAAGGGCCAGGCUUUCAUUAAGCGCUUUAAAGACUACCACCAGAGGCAGCUGUAUUAGUUUAGGUCUCUGAUAUGUCAGAUGAUAUGUAUAGCUGGGACUCUUCGCAUCAUUGCUUUUACGAACACAUUGUACUGGCUCAACAAGUCAGGUUACCCACACUAGAAUAGACACAAUGGACUCAAGACGACGACACGUCUAUGUUUACAACGGGUUGGGAUGAACAUAAUCAUUGUCUUUACAUACGCACACACACCUACACACAUGAAACAUGCAAACUAACAUUCAUUUAGAUGCUUUGUACCAUGGCUAUAGUCUUCCAAUGUAAGUCCUGGUAUGUUUGAUGGUUCUAGAUUGUAAGGACAACCUUACACUUGCAAUUUGCACAGCACAAAUAUAUUUAUAUGUAUAUGGAGAGAGUAUUUUUUUCAGAAAACCUUUGAGAAAAUU